CUGUUACAUAAGGAACGCACAGAUUUAUUUCCUCGACUUACCGAUAAUUUAUUGAAAAAUACAGAUAGGCUUAGGAACGAGACAGAAAUGACCGGAUGAAGACAACCCCAGAGAGAAGAGAAGGCGCUGCACGAAUAGCUACCCCGGAAAUCCAGAACAGAUAACACACAGCUACCGUAUGCGUUCCAUACACCGGAAAUGCGUAAAGCGUCUCAACAAACGGAAUAAGCCUGGAUCCCCUGCUGUCACUUUGCGUUCCAGGUUGUGAAAUUGCGAGGUAGAGUGUGCGGUGUUGUGAUUGGUGUUGCAGCAGGGCUUGGAUUGAUUGGAGUCUGAUCUACGCGGCGAGGUGGGAGACUGAGGACUGGCAGAAUCUCUGCUACACACAAGAUGGAACAUUCUGGAAAAGGUUAAAGGUGCAACCAGCAGCCGUUUUCACAUUGGCAGUGGAAUUAAACCUUCAAAAUGGCAGAGCGGGGGGCCCACAUUACCACCACUUCACCAUUGGAUGACCGGCCCAGUAUUUUUGAAGUGGUGGCUCAGGAGAGCUUGAUGGCAGCUGCCAGACCUGCUUUGCACCAUAUUGUGAAGGUCCUUGCCGAGUCUAAUCCUGCUCGCUAUGGCACUUUGUGGAGGUGGUUUGAUGAACUUUAUACCUUACUGGAAUGCCUUCUGCAGCAGCACUACUUGUCAUGGGCCAGUGCCUCUUUCUCUGAGAACUUCUAUGGACUAAAACGUGUAACACUGGGGAAGCAAGUACAAAGAAACUUGGCGAGGAAAGAGUACUGGAAGUCCCUUUUGCUGCUUGUGCUUAUACCUUAUUUGCGGAUUAAAUUAGAAAAACUAGUGAACAGUUUACGAGAGGAGGAGGAUUAUUCCAUACAAAAUCCAACCUCUUUUCACAAAAGAUGCUACAAAGCUAUACUGGCAUCCUAUCCCUUUCUGAAGCUAGGCUGGGAAGCUUGGUUUCUCUUUUACCAGUUGAGGUAUAUUCUCUGGAAUGGAAAGCAUCAUUCUCCACUGCUUAGGUUAGCUGGGGUGCAACUCGCUCGAUUAACUAUGGAAGACCUGCGAGCAAUGGAGAAACAAGAAGAAUUGACUAACACUGUAUCUAAUGUGGUGAGCAUCAGCCAGCACAUAAGGAGUAUCCUGAAGAAAGCUCUUGGUGCUGUAACCCUGUCCGUGUCCUCCAGCUUAUCACUUGGGGUGUUUUUCCUACAGUUUCUAGAUUGGUGGUAUUCUGCAGAAAAUCGGGAGACCCUAAAAUCCUUGGGUAACUUGCCUGUGCCUCCUCCCCCAAUCCAUUUUGAUCUAGAAACCUAUUCCCCGCUGCUACCCAAGUUAAGGACAGUGUGCCCCCUUUGCCGAAAGGUGCGGGUAAAUGAUACAGCUCUGGGCACCUCUGGCUAUGUCUUCUGUUAUCGCUGUGCUUAUUACUAUGUGAAGACUCACCAACGAUGUCCUGUGAGUGGCUACCCUACAGAACUUCAGCAUCUCAUUAAACUGUAUACACCUGAUGGUUAGACUUUAACCAAAAUCUUAACCAAUGUAGAAAUCCAAUUUACUAAGCUUUACAACUGAUUGUUCAGAGGUAAAACCGGGACACAUAUCUGUCCUAGGAAGGAAGAAACGUGCCUGUGGUGUGUCAGUUAAAACAGCUUGGAAAUGUUGGCUUAACCUGUUUGAUUGCCUGAAGUAAGCAGUUAAAUGGGAACAAAACCUGAUUUUAAAAUGAAUGUAAAUGUAGAGUGCUCCUCUGUAUUUUAGGUAAUUUACUAAUUAUUCAUUUGGAAUAAAUAUUAGAGAUCUUGUCAGUUUUAGGCUAUUAACAGGCUUACCUGACUAUGAAGCCCAAGCAUAGUCCGUUAAAAAAAAAAAAAUGUGGCUGGCUGUACAACGGAGUGUUAACUAAGCAGAUAAUGACAUAAUGGGGUGCUUAAAGGUAUAUAAAUGUGCACAAAAGAAGAAGGAAGCUGCUGCUGUUUACCUAUAUUCUUUUUUGUCCCCCCAAGAGAUAGAAAACCAACACCUUACCUGGGACAUCAGCCAAGUAGGGUCACUACUUAAAACAAUGUCUCUUCUUCUUUUGCAAUAUACCCUUUUAGAAUACGUUUGUUAUUAACUACAUUAAUAACUUUUUCACCAUCCCUCCUUUAGUAUAGCUUAUUUUACAGUAUAUGGAUGCACGCUUUGAAUGAAAGCUGUAAGAUUUUGAAUGGUAGCGAAAAGUACUGUUAUUUAUAAAGUGUCUAAAUAUAUUUGGCAAAUAUACUCAGUAAUUAACGAUGGCAUGUGUUCUGGUUAUCCUUUCUUCUUUUUUGUGCAGGCAGUUAACCUUUGGGUUACUGAUACAGUGGUUCUAACAUAUGUUGAGCCAAAAGCCUGUUAUGAGUAGUCUAAAAUUGUCAAUAUCAGAAAUUUGACAUUUUAUAUAAAUUGAAAUGUGCUUAGAAGAGCAUAAAGGAAGUUUUAAGUAAGUUUUCUGUUUGGGUUUAGAUCCCCAUUAAUAUUUUUUUUGCUGCUAGAAAUGUAAGCCAGUUUUGCCAAACUGUUGCAAUCAUGAAGAAAAGUCAAGACUUUUGUAUGUAAACGUGUAUUAAAUAUGCAUUGCUUGAGUUUCACAGCUUCCAUUGAGGCACCAACUACUGUUGCACUCCUGUGUUGAUAAAUGAAAUCCAAUAUUUUCUUUUAUCACUGAACACAUAAAGUAAGGUAACCAGAUCAUGUGAAAAGUCAGGGGCACAUCUAGAAAUCCCAGCCAGAAGGACUGCACUGGAUGAAUUUAAUGUAAGGAGCCAGUAUACACUUCAAAACACCUUUACUAAAUAUGAGCACAAUAAAUAGCUCAAGUCGAAAGGGGAUGUAUAUGUCUCUUUUAAAUGCAAUUGGUUUAACGUAACCAGUGUCAUACGCUAUUUAAUGAAAACUGCACAUUUUUUUUUAACAGCAGAAUUAAAAGUAUCAGUUCCCAGUCUAAUGAAAAGGAAUUACUAAAAGUUUUAGAGAAAUUGAGUGCUGAGUAAUUGAGAAGUCUUACACUGAUCAUGUGGAUAUUUAAAGUUAACCUUAGAAUGAUGCUAAGAGUUUUAUAUGUAUUGUGCUUUUCUUACAAUACAGCAAGAACACAAUUCAUUAUUGUAUUCUAAGUGUGACUUGUAAAGAUGUUCUUCCUGACACUGCUAUGACUCAUUGCUGCUAAUUUUAUGGCAAAUUAAUUAAAUCAAUAUUGGUAAAAA